AUGUCGGCCAUUAAAUCCGCCGGUUACGCCUCUUCCCCUUCGAUUGCCCACUUCCACUACAAAAACCUUGAUGCACAUAUCCCAUUUCUCUCAUUUCCAAAUCUGUUUGGAACCCGUACGAACCCCCAACCUCUCUCCUCGCUAAAACAAUUGCUUCUCUUCGCCAACCUCGCCAUCUCAAAAUCGACGCAAAUGGACACCUCUCAAUCGAUAUCUAAGUGCCCCGACUGCUCCGGAGACGUUGAUCCCGUCCCGGUUUCCGGAAUCGCCCAAGUUGAAUCCAAAGGCUCUGUCCUUGUCGCAGCGAUCCGUGCGAUCGAAGCCGCUGAGUCUUUGACUGAGGCGCAAAAAGCUAAUAAGAAGCAGCAGUUGCAAAACAGUUUUGCAAAUGGCGAAUUCACGCUGAAGAUACUGAAAAACAAAAAAGAGAUUCAGAUUAAGCAGCUGAGGAGGGAAUUAGCUCAAUUGCUCGAAGCUGGGCACAGCCCUACAGCUCGAAUUCGGGUGGAACAUGUGUUGAGGAAGAGAAGACAGUGGCUGCUUAUGAGCUCAUUGGAGCUCAAGAGUACAUUCAUGAGGACAGAUUCGCUCCGGCUGAUAACCCACUGCAACCGCCGAGGUUACAACAGCUACCAGCAGGUGCAUCAGUGGGCGGAGGAGGAGAGGAAGAGAGGGAAGCAAGCCCAGACCAAGCUUCCAGCGAAAAGCUCGAAGGAUGGUGCGUUACUGCGUUGA